UUAUAUACUUAUAAUGGGAAUGAAAAAUAAAAAGGUUUACAUUAUAAUAUUUUAUAAGAGAAUCUUACACAUUGUAAGAUUUGAAAUAAAGGCCAAUAUAUAAAGUACUUUGGAAAGAAAAGAAGAAUAAUCGACUAAACAGAGAUUAUAAAAGGAUAGAUUAUUACAUAAUAAAACAAAUGAUAAUAAAGAGAAGAAGGAUGAAUGAA